AAAAGUCAGGAAAAAAUCAUUCAUUAUAAACCGAAUUAUUGUUCAAGAAACUAUACAAAAUAUCCAACAAAGCUCCACUAUGACCAAAAAAUUACCCCGAAGAAAUCCUGUCACAGCUGAAAGAAAACASCAAGAAGAAAACUCUAACCMACAAAAGAUAAAGGCCUACGACCAGAAGACUGGGUACAAGCUCUAUGGUUACCAUGACCACCAAAUACCACCCAAGAUGAGAGUCUCUUACAUAGUAUCCAGCUAUAGAUUUCCAGGAAUGACUGCUGACCAGUGCUUUGGCAGCCUAAUGCAGGCUCAUAAUGAACUCCUUAAUAUUUGGUCUCAUCUUAUUGCUCUAGGGUUGUUUUUAAUACAGGUUUUACCUGUUAUUAAGGCAGUUAAUGUGAUAGAGGAGCCAUAUGUUAUUCCUUUAUUGUGCUGUGYGCUAGGGAUAUGUGUAAUGUUUAUUGCUAGUGUUUAUACCCAUUUAUUUAACUCAAUGUCGCCUUAYAUGUAUCACAUUUGUUUUUUCUUUGACUAUGCUGCAAUAAGCUCUUGUUUCUUUAUAAUUUCUCAAGGUAUUUAUUUCUACUCACGUCCACUGAAUACAGCAUUUAAAUUCUUUAAUUCCCCUGAAAUAUUUCUUUAUCUUAAUCUGAUAAAUUCCUUGAUUUGCACCUACACAGUUUGCACUGUUCUGGUAAAAAGACCGUGGUAUCACAUAUUGGUGCGGACAAGUGCAUAUCUUUCACUUUCAUUAUUCACAUUCUUUCCUCUUGCUUGCCGUCUAGUUUCAUGUCAUUUUAUGCCAGCAAGUACUUGCCCAAGUGGCUCGCUGACUCAUUUCAAACAAUGUGCAGUUUAUUUUAUAGCUGGUGGGUUAAUAUAUUCUACACGAACCCCAGAAAGGUUUGUACCUGGAAUGUUUGAUGUAAUAGGGCAAAGCCACAAUAUUUUCCACAUUCUCUCAGCCUUAGCAGUGUCUCAUCUCUUCACUGCUAUUCACACAGACAUGGUUGAACGAAAGGAAGCUUUGCUUGUUAGUYAUUUAUCUUACACAGAGCUAUCCGUCAUGUUGACAGUGCUUGCUUUAGUAGCAAAUCUCACAAUUGUAGCAUGGCUGUCAAAGUCAUUAUACUCCAGGCAAACAGAAAAGGAAAACUAGACUGCAGUUGCUAAAAGCAUGAAAAAUUACCCAAUAGUACUUAUAGAUCAAYAGAGUCAUUUYCAUCCGUMUGUGAAWCAAUUACUACUAGUCAGUGUUUAAUAGUAACUAUUAGGGUSUGAYAGGCUACCAAAAGGCAAAAUCAAAACCAUGUUUGCCUAAUUAGUUUGUCGCAUGUCAUAAGUUAAACUGUUGGGAGCUCAUAGUGGGUAAUAGUAUUUAAUAGUACAAUUCCUAUUUCACAGACAAAUGAAAAYGACUGUAUCAUGUAAAAUUAGACAAUAGAAAUAAAGGAAUUUGCAUCUCAUUA